UCGGGCCUUGUCGGUCAGUCACCUUGAUGACCCACUGAAAGAACCGGAAGCGACGGAACCAGCUAGACCAUCUCGCGAUAUUUGGCACUCCGGCCCCGGCUUUCCGGGCCUAAGACCAGAAGCCGGCUCUCGCGAGACUUCCCUGCAGUCGGAGCGCGGGGGCCGGCCGUAAGGAGAGCUGGAGCUGCGGUUGGGGGAACAUGUCGGAUUCAGAGCUCGGCAGGAAGUGGGACCGGUGCUUGGCGGAUGCGGUCGUGAAGAUAGGUACUGGUUUUGGAUUAGGAAUAGUUUUCUCGCUUACCUUCUUUAAAAGAAGAAUGUGGCCGUUAGCCUUUGGUUCUGGCAUGGGAUUAGGAAUGGCCUAUUCCAACUGUCAGCAUGAUUUCCAGGCUCCAUAUCUUCUUCAUGGAAAAUAUGUCAGAGAGCAGUGACUUAGGCCUGAGAACAUCCCAGUGGGAG